AUAUGUUUUGCCGGGAAAUUAAAGAAAAUCUGUAGCGUGUGGGAGGCGCCACAAGAUCGCAGUCUAUGCGCAGAUAUGUGGAGCCUAUGAUGAGCGUGAAGGCUUCACCUCGCAGGUUCCUAUGGCAACUGAUCAAACUCUUCUUGACAUGAGCUCUGCGGCGCUCUGUGCUUGUGUACAGCAGUUCACAGUGGCGCGCGGAUCAGCGGGAAUGCGCACUGAACAGCAGUGCACGCCAGUCCGCGACAGAAGUCUUCACAGCAGAGUGGAUUCAUACUCUGAGUGUACAAGCAACAUCCAAGACACAGUUUCACAGAAAGAAUUUUGAGGGAAGCAGGUGGAUUUCAAUUGCAGGAAGCUGACCAUCACCACCUCCUCAUGAUGCACAUGAGCAGCUUGUUGAACCGAUGGAAUGAGAUCUCUAAGAUGUGUGAGGUGGACGACACUCCAGAACCGGUCAGUCCCACGUUGCUCAAUGAGUCCACAGACACCUACUGGCAGACCAACUGCUGGCACCGACUCCGCACCACCGUCCGUAAACUAGAGUUCUGGGAAGACUUCAGCGCAGAACUUAUCGGAACCGGCUUCUUCUCCAAGGUCUACAAGGUGAUACAUGGCACCACGAAGAAAGUGAUGGUAGUGAAGAUCUAUAAGAAUGACGUGGAUCAGAACAGCAUCGUGAGGGAGAUCAGCCUACUUCAGAAACUCUCCCACCCCAACAUAGUGAGGUACCUGGGGAUCUGUGUCAAGGAGAACAAGCUGUAUCCAAUUCUUGAGUAUGUGAGCGGAGGCUGUCUGGAGGAGCUGCUGGCCAGGCAUGACGUCAACCUCUGCUGGAGAGAGAAGAUCGAACUGGGCUGUGAUAUUAGCCGAGGAAUGACCUAUCUCCACUACAAGAACAUUUACCACAGAGAUCUCAACUCUAAGAACUGCCUAAUCCGCUUGACCUCGCGUGGCAGGGAGGCUGUGGUCACUGACUUCGGGCUGGCCAGAGAAGUGGGGGAUCUGUCCGCAAAAGACCCCGACAGGAAGUUGUCUCUGGUGGGGUCGGCCUUCUGGAUGGCCCCUGAAAUGCUUAGAGGAGAACCGUACGACCGCAAGGUUGAUGUCUUCUCUUUUGGGAUCAUGUUGUGUGAGAUCUUAGCAAGAAUCCCUGCCGACCCAGAGGUGCUGCCCAGGACACAGGACUAUGGGCUGGAUGUGGAAUCGUUCAGAGAGCUGGUGCAGGGCUGCCCAGAACGGGUUCUGGAACUCUCUGCCAGCUGUUGUCAGAUGGAUGCAUUCCGAAGACCUUCCUUCUCUGAGCUCCUGGAUGAGCUAGAGGACAUCGCUGAGACCCUAGAGCCACCAGACAACAACCUAACCACAGGGUGAUCUCCACACGUACCUCCUAACAAACCCCUGGACUGAAGGAUUUAGAGGACUGUGCUAGAUAAGAGCCUGCAGCAGUGGACCGUGACUGGCACUCUGUUCUCCCAAGAGUAGAAUAUACAGGGGAAUGUCUGGUAAUUGAGGACAAAAUCACUCAACGGAAUGUUCGCUCAAUAACCAGUUCUUGAACCCUACCUGCAGCGUGCGACACUGAAUGAUUGCGAGAGUCCAUUUGAGAGACUGAAUUUAACCUAUUUUUUUAUUUCAUAUAGAUUAAAGUAAUAUUCUUUAGGGACCAAAUUGUCAGCUGAAUUUUUUAAAAGACCAAAUUCUCUAUGAACCAUUCCUGAUUUAUAUGGGUUUCAGGAAAAUGUUUACCUUUUUUUGUAUAGGAAAUGAGUUUAAAAUGAAUAUACAGUACAGCAGAGGUUUGUACAAACCUGGAACAAACCAGACCAGAGAAAUUAAGUUUAAUUUUUACCAAAUAAUUGCACACUUGCUUGUUUGACAUGCACUGUUAAUGUCACCUAUUUAUGCCUUGUUGUACUUGCCAUGUCAGCCAUUUUUCCCACUGUUAACAUCCAUGUCUGAUUGAUGGAGCUCUAAAAUAUUUGAAUUUAUUAAAAGGAUAGCCCCUUAAGAUAUAACAUCUCAUUUUCAAGGGGGUCCUAAAAAGACAAAAACAAAAUGUUACAACAUAAACAGAACAUGCAUACUAAACAUGAACACACAAAUAUACAAAAACAAAAGACAUGCUUAACCAGUCCCCCGCACCCACAGCAAUAUCCAGUUCAGUUUCUCAAAAAUAUGGUUGUAGAAUCUGCAUAGAGAUCAAUUUUUAAAACACAGUUUACGCACAAAUACAAAAUGUAUUACUGAAUAAAAAUUCAGUUCAUUUAGUCAUAAAAGCUGAACAAUCACACAAAAAAUUACAGUACAGAGCUGUUUGUUAAUGUGCUACAGUAAGGGCUGUGGAAUCUCUGUUUUCUCAGGUCACACUGGGGUUGUAAUUAUGUGAAUAUUCUCAUAUUUGUUGGGUCUUGUACAUAUGUUUGUAUCUCAGAUGUUUAAACUGGUGUUUCUAAACUAGAAUCUAUUUUGUUUACUGAAUCUAAUGGAACUGCUUGUAUUAUUCCUGACUCUAUUUGUGUAUAUGGUACUUGGUUACAUUCAGAUAUGUAUAUUUCUAGUUUAUUAGUUACACCAAUAAAAGUAUACUUAUUAGUUUUCA